CUGGGCGGGAUCUCUGGGCCUGUGCGAUUUAAAGGGACGGUGUCUCAUUUCCAUGUCACUAUCUCUAGGGGUUUGUUUUCUUGCUGUAAAUCUCGCGGGGAUCUGGGAAGGUCCGUGGGCGUGGGGGGAACUGGGAAACGGUUCACGAGGUCCGAGUUGCGGGUAGAAGCCACGCUCCUGGACUGGUCCUUUCCACUGCCCGGGGCUGAGACCGGGGAGGGGCGAGGAGGAGAGAGUGGAGGGGAGCCAGAUCGGAAGCGGAACCGGAGUGGCGAGAGGUCGAGUUUCUGCCGGGACCGGUCGAGGCGCAGCACCUUCACCCUGGCCCCCCCAACUUCCCGUCGCCACCAACCGCCACCAACGGCCGCAAACCGCCGGCUCCGCGGAGGCGCCAUGGAAGAGGCGGAGAUGCAGCUCAAGGGGAAGAAAGUUACAGAUAAAUUUACGGAGAGCGUUUAUGUCCUGGCCAAUGAGCCAUCUGUGGCACUGUAUCGCUUACAAGAACAUGUGAGGCGCUCUCUGCCGGACUUAGCCCAGCAUAAGUCUGACAUGCAGAGCUGGGAGGAACAGAGUCAGGGAGCCAUCUAUACAGUGGAGUAUGCUUGCAGUGCUGUGAAGAACUUGAUGGAUAGCAGUGUUUAUUUCCGAAGCAUUGAGGGCUUGCUGAAACAGGCCAUCAGCAUCAAAGACCAGAUGAAUUCUUCUCAGGGUCGAAGGUAGCUCCUUAGAGCUGACAUUAUGCUGUAUAUUCUAAACUACUGGCUCUACUUUAAAGAGCCCCUGCCACCAAGAAUAUCUUAGGCAAGACUGCAUGGACCCAUAAGCUAGUUAAAUUAAGAACCGUGCUGCCCAGAGCAAUACGUAACAUCUCACAUUGCUUCUGUUAGUCUUCAUGUGACUUUUCUUUCUUGGGCAAGAGUACAGGUAGAGUUUUCAGAUAUAGAAAUGAAAAUAACUUAUUUUCAUAUGUCUGGAAGGGUAUUUUUGGCUAAUAAGUAGCCCCCAUUUUUUGUUCUUCAUCCUGCUAAGAUUAUUUGUAUAAGUUAUGUUUUAAGCCUCUGACAGCUCCUAUUUUGGGUGCUUCUGGGAGCCUUUUCUGGAUUGGUGGUUUCAGGAGGUGUUGUGAAAUACUCCCUUACCUUCCAAUGGUACUGUCCCAUUUGUUCCCUCUUGACACAAAUUGCUAAAGGACUAAGGUUCCUUCCUGUUCCUUCUUGGAAGGCCAGUUUGAAGGGGUCAAAUAAAAAGUGUCCGCUGGUACCAA